UAUUCUAGGCAGACUUCUAAUUAAACACCUUAUCUGUUGAUGAAAAUCAUGAAUGGAGGAGCCAUCUCCACAACAUGGCAAAUGUUUCUGGCCUUGUUUUUCAUUCUUUAGAUACAUAACUUAAGCAAACAACCACAAAUUAAUAUCAUCAGCAUCAAAGGUGAAGGACAUGAUUCAACACUCCCUGAGGCCAGUACCUGAAACAGACCAAACCUUAACAAAAUGGGACAUAGCUGCACUUUGGUCAGCCACAGUGAUGAACAUCCCUUCCUUCUACUUUGCAACAAGCCUUGUUGACCUUGGCUUGUCAUGGUGGCAAGCAGUGCUCUCAAUCACAAUAGGAAGCAUCAUCCUCUUAGUCCCCUUCAUCCUCAAUGGCCUUCCGGGAACUCAAUAUGGCAUCUCUUUCCCUAUCUACCUUCGGGCGGCUUUUGGUGUCAAAGGAGCUCAAAUUCCGGCCAUCAUCCGUGCUCUCUUCGCCUGUGGAUGGAAUGGCAUCGAGACAUGGAUCGGCGGUCAAGCCAUCUUCCUUUCCCUCCCUUCAUCACUCACCACAUCUUCUUAUGCCCAACCCAUCAACUGGCUUGGCACUUCCAUGCUUGAAUUCUCAUGCUUCAUCAUCUUCCUCAUUGUCCAACUAGCUCUUGCAUGGAAAGGCAUGCAUGCCAUUAGUGUUUUAGAGAAGUUCUCAUCUCUUAUUCUUUUUCUCCUAACUUGUCUCCUCUUUGCAUGGGCAUGCUACGAAGCUGGUGGCAUUAAAGCCAUGCUGAUCAGCACAAGCUCAACCACUAGUUCGCACUCUUCUUCCUCACUAGUGCAUGUAUACUUAUCAUCUCUCACUGCAAGCAUCAGUUCAUGGUCUGGCAUCUCUCUCAACAUCUCAGACUUCUCUCGUUUUGCUAAAAGUCACAGUGAUGAAAUCCUUGGCCUGCUGGCUAUCCCUCUGGCCUCAAUCCUCUACUCCUUUGCAGGUGUUGCAGUGACUUCAUCCACUGUAACAAUCUUUGGCCAUUUGAUCUCAAACCCAACACAACUGUUCAAGGCCAUUGGUGGAACCUUCACCAUUGUCCUUGCCACCUUUGGCAUCAGCCUUGCCACAAUUACUACAAACAUUCCAUGCAACCUUGUGGCUCCUUCCAAUGUUCUUCUCAGCCUCUUCCCUUCAAAAUUCAACUUCAUUAAUGGUGUCAUACUUUCAUCUCUGAUUUCCCUUGUUUUUCAGCCAUGGAGGAUCCUUGGUUCCAGUGAGAACUUUGUGUAUGCAUGGCUUGGAGGGUACUCUCCCAUUUCUGGCUCCAUUACAGGGAUUCUUAUCACUGAUUAUUAUCUUAUUAAGAGGAUGGAUUUGGAUGUGAAUUCACUGUACUGCGACAGUGAUCUUGGUCAUUAUUAUUAUGUUGGUGGCUUUAAUUUGGCUGCCUUUGGAGCUUUGAUCAUCAGUGUAAUGCCAUGUGUGCCUGGUUUUCUCCACAAGGGUUCUAUGUCAUUGUUUCAAAGUUAAGGCUAAGAGAAGUUCCUCAACCGCCACCACCGCUUCUUCACUUGUGGUCCCUGCAUUAUGUUGAGAAUGAGCUGUGGGGACUAUAUUCUUAGGUGUUCUAGUUGGAUAUGUCAGUAUCAGUAGUAGGGUUGAUCUUAAAUUUAUUUAUUUUGGUGCAAGUUUGAAAUGUUAGGUCUAUUUAUGUAAAAAUAUUUAGUUUCUAUCAUUUCAAAUUACCUGUCAUCUACUAUUUGAUAUUUUCUGGUGCAUGAUUGAGUCUGG